AUGGCGGCGGGGGCGAGCGGCGGCGGCCUGCUGCCCUUCCUGCGGCUGCUGGGGCAGCUCAAGAGAGUACCACGGACAGGAUGGGUGUACAGGAACGUGGCGAAGCCAGAGAGCGUAUCUGAUCAUAUGUACAGGAUGGCGAUGAUGGCUUUGGUGACCGAAGACAAAAGCCUUAACAAGGACAGAUGCAUACGAUUAGCUUUGGUUCAUGAUAUGGCUGAAUGCAUUGUUGGAGAUAUUGCUCCUGCAGAUAAUAUCUCAAAAGAGGAGAAACACAGGAGAGAAGAGGCAGCUAUGCAACAACUGACCCAGCUUCUAUCAGAGGACCUCAGAAAAGAAAUCUAUGAACUCUGGGAAGAAUAUGAAAACCAGUGUACUGCAGAAGCCAAGUUUGUAAGAUUGUCAUCCUCUGUACAGACAACUAUUAAGAGACCCCUAAGGUCCCUGGGCAGCAGAUCAACCCAUGAACCUGCCCUGAAAAGUCCUAGUCCCCCAGUCCAACCUUCCCCAACCCAACUGAUGAUGAGCAAAUCACAUUGA